GUCCGAGACACGCAGGGAGAUGUGGACGCUCUGGCCUGGGAGGUGCGUCAGAUCCGAGCUCGCCAUCCAGUUUCCUCUCCACUAGUCCCCCCAGUUGGAGAUCUGGGACCAACAAGGCACCAUGGUGCAGAAGGGACAACUCAGUGAUGAUGAGAAGUUCCUCUUUGUGGACAAAAACUUCAUCAACAGCCCAGUGGCCCAGGCUGACUGGGCCGCCAAGAGACUCGUCUGGGUCCCCUCGGAGAAGCAGGGCUUUGAGGCAGCCAGCAUUAAGGAGGAGAAGGGGGAUGAGGUGGUUGUGGAGCUGGUGGAGAACGGCAAGAAGGUCACGGUUGGGAAAGAUGACAUCCAGAAGAUGAACCCACCCAAGUUCUCCAAGGUGGAGGACAUGGCGGAGCUGACGUGCCUCAACGAAGCCUCCGUGCUACACAACCUGAGGGAGCGGUACUUCUCAGGGCUAAUAUAUGUGAGUAUUGCAGGCAGCCAGGUACCUACUCCUGGCCUCAUGAGGAAAGUAGGCAUUAGAAAUGUGUUGGGAGGGCUGGGCACAGUGGUUCAUGCCUGUACUCCCAGCUCUUUGGGAGGCUGAGGUGGGUGGAUCACCUGAGGUCAGAAGUUUGAGACCACGCUGGCCAACAUGGUGAAAUGCCAUCUCUACUAAAAAUACAAAAAGUAGCCGAAGGUGGUGAUACGCACCUGUAAUCCCAGCUACUGGGGAAGCUGGGGCAGAAGAACUGCUUGAACCCAGGAGGUGGAGGUGCAGUGAGCCAAGACUGUACCACUGCACUCCACCCUGGGUGACAGAAUAAGACUCUGUCUCAAGAAAAAAAAAGGAAAUGGGAGGCUGAAGGUUUGAUCGAGGGAGAUUCCAAGAUGAGGUGGAAUCAUUCCAACGUGGGUUCACAUCUCAGCCCUUGAAGAGGUUAUUUCCCCUUUUGAAGCCUCAGUUUUCCUAUCCAUAAAAUGGGAAUAAUCACCCUCAUUACAGACAGGAGGUGUGACAAUCCCAUGUCAUCACAUAUGCCAAGUGCCAAGAUGUUUGAUAAAUUCUCAACAGAUUUCAUUGGCAUCGUUCUCUGUCCUUCCUUCCUCUUGAAAGUAAAGAAGAGCUCAUAACCGCUUUGGAAAGGCUGGAUUUUCUUGGCAGCCAGGUGUGUACGAGACAUGAGGAUGUGGCUAGGUUUUAGGGAGGUCUUCCUUGUCACAGAGGGGAAUGUUCAGGUUGGUCCUAGGACUCUUUUAGGUAGACUUGCAGAUCAGAGUGGACUAGAGAUGGCACAAUAUGGUACCCACUGGCUACUCAUGGCUAACUAAAUUUAGAUUUAAAUUAAUUAAAAGAAACAUUAGACCGGGUGUGGUGGCUCAUACCUGUAAUCCCAGCACUCUGGGAGGCCAAGGCGGGUAGAUCACCUGAGGUCAGGAGUUUGAGACCAGCCUGGCCAACAUGAUGAAACCCUGUCUCUACUAAAAAUACAAAAAUUAGCCAGGCAUGGUAAUGCACAUCUGUAAUCCCAGCUGCUUGAGAGGCUGAGGCAGGAGAAUUGCUUGAACCCAGGAGGCAGAGGUUGCAGUGAGUUGAGAUGGUGCCAUUGUACUCCAGCCUGGGCAAUAACGGCAAAACUCCAUCUCAAAAAAGAAAAGAAACAUUAAAAACUUUAUUGGCUGGGUGCAUGGGCUCGCACCUGUAAUCUCAGCACUUUGGGAGGCCGAGAUGUGUGGAUCACCUGGGGUCAGGAGCUCUAGACCAGGCUGGCCAACAUGGUAAAACCCCAUCUCUACUAAAAAUAGAAAAAUUAACCAGGCGUGGUGGUGUGUGCCUGUAAUCCCAACUACUUGGGAGGCUGAGGCAGGAGAAUCACUUGAACCCGGGAGACAGAGGCUGCAGUGAGCCAAGAUCGCGUUAUUGUACUCCAGCCUGGGCAAUAAGAGCAAAACUUCAUCUCUAAAUAAAUACAUAAGUAAAAUAAAAUAAAAAAUAACAAAUUUAUUUCUUUUGUUGUAUUGGCCCUGGGUCAGGUAGUCAAUAGCCACCUGUGGCUAGUGGCUGGUGUAGUGGGUAGCAUAAGUGCAGAAUGUUCCCAUUAUCGUAGAAAGUUCUGUUGGACUGCCUGGACUAGAUGAUUGGGGCUUGGAGUGUGAUGUUGUGGGGCACGGGUCACCAGACUGGUGCGCAGAAGUCACCCGACCCAGCCUACGUCUAUCUCUUCUCUCUGAAAGGGCUUGCUCACCCUUGAGCAGGUUACC